AUGCGGCAAUUUCGGCACGAUAUUGCCGCCUUGCGGGCGGUGGCAAUUUUGGCGGUGCUUGGCUAUCAUUUUUUGAAGAAUUUCUUCCCGAAUGGAUAUCUUGGGGUGGAUUUAUUUUUCGUCAUUUCCGGCUAUUUAAUCCAACGUAUCCUUCUCGAAUCUAAAGAACAAAAAUCAUAUUUAUUAAUCUUCAAAUUCUAUCGAAAAAGGCUAAAAAGAAUAUGCCCUCUGUAUUUUCUGGUGAUGGCCAUGACAGGCCUUUCCAUGAUAUUAGCAUAUACAGCACCGUGGGCACAGCGAUACUUUGCCAAAUAUAUUUUUGCGCUGUUAUUUUUGUUGAAUUUUUCCAUGAUCGAGGAUGCGGACGAUUAUUUCGCUGAGGACACCUCGAAAUUGCCAUUUCUGCAUGUUUGGUCGUUGGCGGUGGAAAUGCAACUUUAUCUGGUUGCUCCGCUACUAUUUAUUUUGGGGCAAAUAAAGAUUAGAGUGACUCCGAUUGCCUUUUUUACAACGAUACUAAUAUCUAUAUUAAUCCACCAUUUCUAUGAAGCAAUAUUGCUAAAAAGUGGCUAUAUGGAAAACCUUUUAAUAUGCCUUAAAUACGCCGGAAUUGCAUGGCUGCUUUGCUGGAAAUGGGAGACGAUUUUGAGGCCCGAUUGUGUCCAAAAAGCGGCGAUCGCGAUGAAUCUGAAGUAUGCAAAGUCGAUGUACAAUCUGACGGGCGGAAUUUUCGUUGAUGAUGGUUUUUGGGAGGCCGACACCACCAUUUGGCCAUUAUUCAUACCAGUCCUGGUUGGUUCUACCUUGUCUGGCCCUUUAAAAAACAAUACAGGAAGCACAACAAUUGUUGUUAUUGGCAACUCCUGGGCUACACAACAGUCCUACCUGAUUCUUAACCUUUUCUCGCCUGAGUCAACGAAAUCAUUUGAUGUCUUUACGAUGCCUGCCUUGUGCGUGGUUUUGCACCCAGAAAAGGGGAAAACGCAAUUUGUCAUGAAGUUUUUACGAGAGGAGAGGCCGGAUUAUGUGUUUUUGCUACUACGGUACAACGAUCACGCCCACGAUUUGGAGCCCUUCCAAGGAGAUGAAGAUCCGGUUUUGAAGAAUUAUUUGGAUGGAUUGCUGGAGGCCAGCAAGUACACGAGCGCCAUUUUCCUGGAAGUCGACCAGCCGUUUAAAUGUGACCAUUCCACGGCCGACUAUUUGAAUCGUUUUGUCGAUUUGCUACAAAAAGGAGACCGGUUAGAAGAGGCGAAUUUGCCCUUUAAUGAAACUGAAUUCCUGGAAUCGCCGGUGCAAAAACGGCUGAAGGUCGUUUUUGAAAAAUGUCCAAAAUGCCAUCCGAUCGAUAUUUCGGAGGAGCUUAUUGAACGGCAACGUGGCAUGCUAAAAACGUACGACCCCGACACAUUAAUGGCAAUCGUGGAUAAUGAUUGCCAUUUGACGCCAACUGGAUUAAGCCUGAUUGAAACGCCCAUAAAAGAACAAGUCCUCAGCGUCAUUAAUAAAUUAACG